UUUCCCCCAUCACUUUCUUCCAUUUUUUUUUCUUCCCCCAAAUUAUAAAAAAUUAAUUAUCUUUAUUUAAUUAAUUAAAUUAAUCGUACGGUACGAUGGGUGGCGUCUGCGCCGAGCAACAACACAAGUUCCACCAUCUCUACCUACCCUGCAAAAACAACUCCUCCAUCGACAUCCCUCCCCGGAAGCUCCUCCUCGCCGCCGCCGCCGCCACCGCCCGCCGGGACCACCUCAUGCUCGAUUCCCCCACCGCCGAAGGCGCCGGCGUCUUCUCCAAAUUUCUCCCCACCAACAGCGCUGAUUCCGACGACGACGACGACGACGAUCCCUACUCCUCCGACCACUUCCGGAUCUACGAAUUUAAGGUCAGAAAAUGUAAUCGCAGCCGCAGCCAUGACUGGACCGACUGCCCCUUCGCCCACCCCGGCGAGAAGGCCCGCCGGAGAGACCCCCGACGAUACCAUUACUCCGGCACCGUCUGCGCCGACUUCCGGAAGGGCCAUUGCGGUAAAGGAGAUAACUGUGAGUUCUCCCAUGGCGUUUUUGAGUGUUGGCUGCAUCCUAGCCGUUACCGGACGGAGGCCUGUAAAGACGGGAAGAACUGUAAGAGGAAGGUUUGUUUUUUCGCUCACUCGUCGAAGCAGCUCCGGAUUGUGCCGGACGCGGUGGCGGCGGCGCCUUCGCCGAAGAUGAGUAAUUUGGGAUCUUCGACGCCGCCGGAGAAGAAGUUCGACGGCGGCCGGUUGAAGCACUGCUGCCUUUUCUGUCACUCUAUAACCGCUUCUCCGACUUCGACCCUCACGAGCGUGUCACGUGCGUCGCCGCCUGUAUCUCCGCCGAUCUCGCCGGCGUGCUCGCCGGAGUUCGCGCUGUACGGCGGCGACCGUUACAGAGGCGGCGGGUUCGAAUCGUAUGGGAUUGAUCCCUCCGGGAUCCUGCCGGAGUUCAGCCACGGCGGCGGGAUGGGCUACAAGGAGGCGGCGCUGAGUGAGCUGAUGGCGUCGUUCGAAGCCAUGAAUGUGAAUCAAGAGCUUCCGCCGCCGGCGACGCCGCGAAACCCUAAUUGUGGUGUUAAUGUUAAUCUGCCAUGGCUGGAUGUGAAUUUCGCGGCUGAAGAGCAACCCCAAUUCGUGCUCUCCCCUUCGACUCCGGUCGCUGCCCCAAGCCGCCGCGCCGGAAAAUUCUUCGCCGGAGAUGCCGAAUUCAGCGGCGGCGAUUGCUCGGCGGGUCCUGAUCUUGGAUGGGUCAAUGAUCUCCUCAAAUAAACGUCGGUCGGAGAUUCGACGAAUUCUGUGUAGAUAUAUGGUAAUAUAAUAUAUACAUACACAAUCCAAGUGUAUGUAUAGGUGGUGAUUGUGAUUAUUAUUUUUCAGCAGAUUGUUUUGGUAAUGACUUUUUUUUUUUUUUUAAUUUCUUUUUGGGUAUUUCCUGAAUAUUGUUAUUUUAAUUAA